GGAAAGCGGCGUGAAUAGUGUUUGCAUGGUCAGUAUUACUAGCUAUUCCUCGACUAGUUGCGUUAUUAGUUGAAGAAAAUGUCGACGUGGUGCUUCAAUAAGUGGGAAUUAUAUUAAUACAUCUGAUAGUUACCGGACAUCAUAAUUAUGGAUGCUCCGACAAAUGAUGUUCAGAAAGAGCUGGACUCGGUGGAGGCAGAGCUUGAGCUGGUGGAGCUACAGAUCGCGGAGCUCCGUGAGAAGAAAACCGAAUUGACUUCCCGUAAGACUGUGCUCCUGUGUAAACUGGAGGAUGCCUGUGAAUCUGCGUCUGCAUCCUCUUCAUCAAGCCAGUCUUCCAAAGCUGGUUCAGUCAUGAGCAAGGAGGAAAUGCAGCAGUAUGAUUGCACAGAUUUUGCGUGGUCUCAGGAUGUGACGCGGCAGCUAACGGAGUCAUUCCACCUGCCCAAAUUCAGACCCCUGCAGCUGAGGGCCAUCAACCUGACAAUGGCAGGGAAAGAUCUGUUUCUUGUGAUGCCCACUGGCAGAGGAAAAAGCCUCUGCUAUCAGCUCCCUGCUAUUUGUUCUGACGGUUUUACAUUGGUUGUGACCCCUCUGGUGUCACUGAUGGAGGAUCAGAUCAUGUACCUGGAGUCCAUUGGCGUGUCAGCAGUAAUGCUGAAUGCUUCCAGUGGCAAGGAACACUCUAAGGUAGUGAUGGCUGGUAUGAUUGACAAGAAGUCCCCAUUUAAGAUGAUUUAUGUGACUCCGGAGAAGAUUGCCAAGAGCAAGAUGUUUAUGUCUCGUCUGGAGAAAGCCAACAAUGCAUCCCUGCUGAGUCGCAUCGCUGUGGACGAGGUGCACUGCUGCAGCCAGUGGGGACAUGACUUCAGACCAGAUUACAAGCUGUUGGGCAUCCUGAAGAGGCAGUUCCCCAAGGUACCACUGAUUGGGCUCACGGCCACAGCAACCAGCAGCAUCCUCAAAGACUGUGGCAAGAUUCUGUGUGUACAAAAGCCAAUCACACUCACAGACUCCUUCAACCGACGCAAUCUCUACUAUGAGGUUCGCGUGAAAACUUCUGACAGCUCAUUAAUAAAUGACAUUGCCUCACUGAUUAAGAACCGAUACAAGGACCAGUCAGGGAUCAUAUAUGUGUUCUCUCAGAAGGAUGCAGACUCCGUGUCUGCUGAACUCCAACAAAGGAAUAUCUUGGCCUAUCCCUACCAUGCAAAUAUGGAACCUGGCGAUAAGUCUCGCACUCAUCACAAAUGGACCUCUGGCAAAAUCCAGGUGGUGGUCGCCACGGUGGCAUUUGGCAUGGGCAUCGACAAGCCUGAUGUCAGGUUCGUCAUCCAUCACACCAUCAGCAAGUCAAUUGAGAACUACUAUCAGGAGAGUGGACGUGCAGGUCGAGAUGAUCGUCCGGCAGACUGCAUUGUCUACUUUGGUUUUGCUGAUAUCUUCCGCAUCAGUACCAUGGUGGUGAUGGAAAAUGUUGGCCAACAGAAGCUGAUGCAGAUGGUGUCCUACUGCCAGAGCGUGGACAGGUGUCGUCGCUCUGUCAUGGCUGUUCAUUUUGACGAGGUGUGGGAUGACGCAGGAUGCAACCGCAUGUGUGAUGCUUGCCGCAAUGGAAAAGACUUCCUUACCGUGGACGUUACCCAACAUGCAAAGGAAGUGGUGCAGAUUUUGGAGCUGGCAGCAUCCAUGCAAGAGAAGCUGACGCCUCUAAAGUUGGUGGAGGCCUGGAUGGGGAAGGGCCCCGCUAAGCGCAGGAAGUUAAUCGAGCCAACCACUCUGCCUCGGUGCCAGGCUGAGGAUGUGAUCAUCCACCUGCUGCUCCAAGAAUACCUCAGGGAAGACUUCAGUUUCACGCCAUACACGACCCACUUCUACUUAAAACUGGGCCGCAAAGCGCCCCUGCUGAAGAGCCCCUCUCACACGCUGAGCAUGAAGAUGCGUGCAACAUACGCUCGCCAUUCAUUGGACGUGUCAUCUUCAAGUAAGGAGGCUAUUGAUAUGGUCACUGACUCCGUUACUCCUUCAAAGCGGAAGCAGAAAGCACACAAGGACCUGUCCAGGCUAGCUGAACAAGGUAAACCUAUUUUUGGAGCUGGAGGGGACAAGGGGACACACGUUAUGGCCCAACAUGUUUUUGAGGUGGAUGUUGAAGUGAACGUACCAAAAUGCGACUCCACCACCCCUCAAAGAGUGAGAAGGAAAACCCACACGAGUGGAACAUAUGCAAUGGCUUCACCCACAGCCUCCAGCUCUCCAUCCCGGGCUUCCAUUAUUUCCGAUACUGCAGCAGAGGAGUUGUGUGACCUGAGGAAGUACUACAGCAAACAGCUUAGGAGGAUAAACUACAUCUCCCAUGAAUACCUGGGCCAGCCCGCUGAAGCAGGGGUGCUGGCUUGUAUCCGGGAACCCUUCAAGUCCCUGCGACUGCCCCGCAGGAUGACGCUCACCCAGACGGCCCGAAGCCUUUGGACACGUGUCAGUGGUCGCAGAAAGCUCCUCCACCGGUGACCUAAUCACGAUUUUUCUGCUGCGGUUUCAUUGGAAACCACUCUGCAAUUUAUACACGUUUGUUUUGUUGUUUACUUGGCAAUAAUCCCUCGUUUAUCGCGGUUAAUUGGUUCCAGACCCAGCCGCAAUAAGUGAAUUUCCAUGAAGUAGGAUACAAUAUUAAUAAGUACAGUAGAGUAGUUUCGUAGUUGGAUCAUAGAAAACCUGUUUAUGACUUUCUAAAUACAAUUUUUACCAUUAUUAGAGCCCUCUAGACAUAAAAUAACACCCCUAUAGUCACUUUACACUCAUUAUCCAACAUAGUAGAUAAUCAGAAAAAAAGCCAUUUAAGACAUAAGUAAGACACGUACUAGUGCGUCUUCUGGCCGUGUGGAUAGGAAAUGAGGUUGGGGACUCAGAGUUUAGUUGUAGCUGGAGUAAUCUUACAACAAUAGCCCGUGUUUUCAUGAUAAUGUAGUCAACCACGAAACAGAUCAUUUUUUAAUUAAUUUUUGCAAAAGAGAGUGGUGUUCAAACCGUAAGGAACGACUAAUACAAUUUUUUUUUUUUUUUAUUGUAAUGCUGUGCUUAUAGCUUUGAGGGGGAGGGUUGACAUCAUUGACACACUCACACUAGUGCUGCAAAGCAUUGAGUCAACACCAAGUCGAAUAGAAUAAAUGCUUCUCCGUUAGCAGUUUUUGCUGCUGUGUUGCAAUAAACAAAUCUUUGUUUAGCCUUUUCAGUGUAAUGUUCCAUGCUGCAUAAAUACAGGGCCUAUAUUGCCGAUACCCAUGUUGAUACUGACACUUUUUACUUGAAAUUUUUCACGAUCAUUGAAUUGAUUUAGGAGUUUUAUUUUGUUGAUCAUGAUAAUCACAAUGAAACGCAGGACAAAGGCAAACAAAGUGUUUUAUCACCACAUUUAUUAUGUAAUAGUUAAUGAUAUGUAAAUGCAAUAAGACAAUGUAACACUAUCAACAAAAUAAUCCACUUACUCCCUUUUAUUGGGUGCAAUUGUUUGAGCAAAAUAAACAAAAGCAAAAGUGCCCUCCUGUGUCACAGAACGUAUCCCCUCAGUUUGUAAACAAUAUAUGCUGUAAAAGUAGCAAUAACAAUGUAAUGACAAGAACAACACCAAAGAACACAGAUGUUUGAAAAAGUAAACACAAAAGAACUGAAAAAUAUAAGUCUGCUCACAAUAGCAUUGACCCGAUAUUGAUACUACCUUUUUGUUAUUGAUAAUAUUGCUAUUUGGGGCAAUCCGUCCACCUCUAGUACCUAGUACUCUCUGCGACUGAGUAAAUAAACUGACAGCACAUGGAUAUGUUUUGGUUGGACGAACACAAUAUUUCCAUUUUCUCUCGUAAAAAGUAAAUAACAAAUGACACACUAUGCAUGUCUGUGUCCUCUCUGUGAACCAGCGCACCGUGUUUCGCCUCAUUGCGUAUCUGCAGUACUGCACUUUACGUUGUCGUCAUACUGCUUGUAUCGCAGCACAGCCCUGUGACCAUCCUGCACAAAGCAUCUGAUUGGCUUCUGAGUAAAAUACUAGAGAUCCAUUAAAGCUUAUAUGUUAGGACGCACAUUCAAAUACAUCAGGAAGGAAGUAUAGUGAAAAAGCUAGUGGUGAUUGGGGUAGGGGUAUGAUUAAAUUAGAUGUGCUUCUUCCUGCACCUUUUUAGAUAUGUUGACUUGUGCAAGUCUGAACUUGAAUGUUUUUAAGAAUGCUCCAAAUAAAUCAUUACCAUUACUUUAACUCAAAAUUUGCCCAGGGUAUCAAUACAUUUGCAAGGAAUCUGAAAUAUUUAUUGUAAACAAUUUGGUUUUACAUAUAAGUCAAUAUUUUAUAUACUUAUGUAUGUUAAAAGACGUCCGCGUAGCUGCUUAAUCCUGACAAACAGGGGAAUGAAUACUAAUCCCACUGCAAAAGUUAGGAUGCAUUCCGCAAGGUGAUAUUGAUUUCACGGCUGCUGAAUGUGUGCAUGGUGUUGCGUCUUAAUGAGCACAUUUUUCUCACGUACAAAGGACCGCAUACCCGGUCCCAUCUGCACUUGUCUGAUGGGCACAAUUUUCAAAACUGCUAACAUGGAAUGUGAAAGAAUUAGCAAUUAUCCGUGCUGAUUUCUCCCUGAAGGAGUUCCAUACAUCUGUCUGCCUUUUGGUAGAAGCCUGGUCUUGUAUUUUCCCCGAGUGAACAAGACAAGUUCAUCAAAUUGAAUCGACUCAAACCGUCUUAACAGACCUUCUUUUAAUACAAUUUUGCUAUUGUUUUUUUUAAUGACCACAUAAAAAGCCCUAAAGUCGUGUGCAGGCAAGAAAAUUCACUUUCAUGCUUUCCUGCUUUGCAACUUCCAGAAAAUCCUAUAACACUCAUUAAACUAGGACCAACUGCAUGGAAUCAGGAUAAGAUUCCAAACAACCACUGAUGCUGUGUGCAAUGAUUGACAUGUAGAGUGCCCGACAACCGCAUGGAAUGGGGGUGACAUUCAGAUCACUCACUGUUGCUAUGUGCAAUGAUAUGGUCCUGGUAAGGGUUUGAUUUAUUUGAACACUCUUUUCACUUCAGUAUACUUCAGGUAUCACAAUUACACAUGUCCACAAGGAGCAGGAAGAAGCAGAGCUUAUUUAAUCCUACCCCCUCUUUGUUUCACAGCAAUUGCUAAUACAUUUCCCAAUUGACAGAAAUGACUGACAUGUAGAGUAACCAAUUACAGCACGGAAUUGGAGUGACACUCAGAUCCCUCACUGAUAUGUGCAAUGCUUGACGUGUAAAGUAAUCAACGGCUGCAUGGAAUAGGGUGACACUCGGAACAAUCACUGAUGCUAUGUGCACUGACUGACACGCAUUACCAAAUACCACAGGUGGUCUCGAUAGUGCAAAUGUACUUGAUCGAGUCAUCUGAAAUUACCAUUUGUUUGCAUGGCAUUUAAAAUGCGCUGCUUCCAUUCCUGCUCACUCUUCAGAUUCAGACUUCCGCCGCCCUCCACCCUCUUCCUUCCUCUCCCAUUGAGAAGAAGCAAGAGAUGAGCAUAUGUGAUGAAAUGCAACGAGGGUAUCCUUGCUCGUUUCGCAAUCACUUUGCCUGCACCACUCCUACUGUAAGAUAGCAGUUGCUUCCUCGAAUGUGUAAUACCCGUGAACAUGUCUUUCUGCUCAUACAAUUGUAUGUAAUGAAAGGGAAUAACUAUCAUUUUGAUGAUAAUGUUGCAUUGUCUUCUAUUGUUGUAUUUAUAGAUUGUUACAUUCUUCACAAAUACAGUGGUGUGAAAAAGGGUGUGACCCCUUCCUGAUUUCUUCUUUUUUUUUUUUUUGCAUGUUUGUCACACUUAAAUGUUUCAGAUCAUCAAACAAAUUUGAAAAAUGGUCAAUGACAACACAACUGAACACAAAAUGUAGUUUUUAAAUGACAGUUUUCAUUGUUAAGGGCCCUGUGUGAAAAAGUGAUUGCCCCCUAAAGCUAAUAACUGGUUGGGCCACCCUUAGCAGCAACAACUGCAUUCAAGCGUUUGUGAUAACUUGCAAUGAGUCUCUUACAGCGCUGUGGGGGAAUUUUGGCCCACUCGUAUUUGCAGAAUUGUUGUAAUUCAGCCACAUUGGAGGGUUUUCCAGCAUGAAGCGGCACAAGGUCAUGCCACAGCAUCUCAAUAGGAUUCAGGUCAGGACUUUGACUAGGCCACUACAAAGUCUUCAUUUUGUUUUUCUUUCAGAGGUGGACUUGGUAGACUUGGAUUUUUUGGUAGACAGCAGAUUUCAUGGUUCUAUUUAUCAUGCAGCUCCUGAAGCAGCAAAACGGCCUCAGACCAUCACACUACCACCACCAUGUUUUGCUGUUUGUAUGAUGUUCUUUUUCUGAUAUGCGGUGUUGCUUUUGCGCCAGAUGUUAUGGGACACACACUUUCCAAAAAGUUAAACUUUUGUCUCAAGUAUUUUCCCAAAGGUCUUGGGGAUCAUCGAGAUGUUUUCUGGCAAAAUUGAGACGAGCCUUAAUGUUCUUUUUCACACCACUGUAAGUUUUGUUCUGAUUAUAGUCAUGAUCAACAAACAAAGGCAAAGACACAAAAUCAUUUAAUAAUCUUGAAAGAUUUCAACCCAAAAGGUAUUUCUGUCGGCAGUAAGUUAUAACUGAGCCCCGUCAACAACAGUCAAACAAUCUACACAGUCUUUAACCUGCACUGCUUCAAUGAGCAUCUCAUUAGGAAGUCUGUGCUAAAAGGCUCUGUAAUCCUCCAAGAACCUGCCUUUGACGGAGGGGUGGGGAUUAGUCACUAAAUGGCUUUAACAGGGAGGAAUCAACUGCACUCACAGCAAAUGUUUAUACAGCGGAAUCCGUUUUUGUCGACACCCUUCGGAUUGGCUGACAUCGACACAAGCGGUUGAGGUCAUGACCGAAACUAGCCAUUGACUUGUAACUUUGGCCAGAGACAUAAGGAGAACGAGCGAUACUAAAGGAUUAGCCAACCUACGGCAGUUUGUUUAUGUCGUUUUUCUUCAAUUGUACAUAUUUUUAGGGGUUUUGAUUCUUCUGCUUUCAUAUAUUUUAUGCUCUUAUAUAACAGAGCUGCUGUGGGCAUUUUGUUGUAUGUCUCGAUUAGCAUGACGAUAGUUUUUAAGUGAUUAAGUUUAUUGUGACAUUUUUUCACAGCUGCUGGGGGAAAAAAGUAUCAAUCUAUCAUCUUCAAAUCGGUAAAUCGUGCCAUGCGUGUAACGAUGCUCACGUCCUUGGUAGUGGUCACACUGAAGCACUUACAUGACGUGUACAUUGAUGUAGCUGACAGAAAUAAAACUAAAAUGAAGAAAAGACCCUGCAGCACUGGAUUUCCGAGGGGCUGACGGGGCUGCCAUGACAGGAAUGGCGAUAAAUACGGAAGGGAUCUGAGAUUCAUUUCACUUUUAUGAACAGGAACAACAAAACAGAUCAUGGGUAUGUGAAAAAGAACUAUUUAUCUUUUUAUGGUCCACUGCAAGCGCGCUGUUUCAGUUUGGCACUUUAACAUACAACCCCAGAAGCUACAAAAUCAAAAGUGUUUUGCAGCCCAUUCUCUGCAAAUACUUGCUUUUCAAGCCUGAAUUACUCCUGCUGUCUGCGCUGAAUCGGCAAAGUCGUUUCUAAUGAACGAUGGCUGUGUCAGUGAAGGAUGUGAUCUGUUACUGGUCAGUGGACUGCAUAGUGUUUUUGGCUCUUAUCUUGUAUCUCAAAACGUAACCUGACAAGCAGGUUAAAUCCAACGUAUAAGUCACUGUGGCACCCUAUCCUGCUAAGAAGCGAGCCUGCUUCGGAGUAAGGCAUAUCCUCAAACUCAUCCAGGAUGAGGGGAAAUCUUGCUUCGUAGUACAGGCCCGAGGACUUGACGGAUUGAUCAACACAGACAUGUUGACGUAAGUGUGAUUGGCUUAAGCGGGUUCCACUGUAAAUAAUAGUUAAAUUCAGCUUGGUUAUGUUUAUUGUUUCUUUGCUCUGAAGAUACGGGUUGAUCGACCAUGGUGUGGUAUGAUAUGGUUGAUUUGUUUCAGACAUGCUUAACUUACAUUAGGGAACAUCACAUGGUUAUGUGUCCCCAAUUCAACAUGUCCAACAAGGAGAAUGAAAAAGCAAAGCCUAUUUAAUCCUACCCUUUAUCCAUAUCUAUUACUGAUAAUUCAUUCACAUCAUAGCUUUGCCGAUGUCAAUAUUUGUCCAGUUCCUUGAUGUCUUUGAUAACAAAGUACUUUGGCUUCCUCUGGUCCUCCGUUUAAGUUAAUGUAGAUUUUGCAGUCGGCACUUGAAUGCCUCGAAUUUCCCCCUCCUUCCUCAAGUCACGUGCUUUCUUGGCAGUGCUCGAGUUGUGUGUAGACGAGGGGGGUCCAAAUUUUUUCUCUACAGAAAAAUGUAAAGUUAGGGGUCUGCGACUUUGGUACAUUUUGUGCGUUAAAGAUAUUAAAAGCAAUCCAGUGUAUAGCAAUAUAGCCUAUGCUAAGCUAUCUGAACAAAACAUCCACAUCUUAGCUUUGUGUUAUAGGUGACAAAGGAUAUUACUUAACUACUUAAUAAUCAAUUUGUUCAAUUUUUACAAUAUGCCGAGGGCCAAUAAAAAGCGGACUGCGGGCUGAGAGUGGCCCCUGGGCCACACUUUGGACACCCCUUAUGUUGCCAUUUGCACCUUUCAGCUUCCGACUCUGCUUCAGCAGCUCUGCUUGUUUUAUUCGUUGAUGAACUUUGAUGACGACGGGUGUGGUGGUGUUAUUCCUCCCAGACACCGGAAUGCGUGUAUCCAUGCCGUUGACAUCCACAUCCACAUCCACCCCCUUUGAUUGCAGAAGGUUGGCCACCUGUUGCUCCGUUGAAACGACAUCAUCUUGUUGUCCUUCUCUGCUGGCAUCAGACAUAUUUAUUGUAAAAAUGAGUUAUUAUGUCAUACUAAUCCACCAUAUACUGCACAUAUACUGUGCCAAUACACAAAUGGAUAACAUUCCCAGUGCUUGGCCUGGACUUUACGAUCUUCGUACCAUGUGACCUCCACCGGGGUGUGUGAGUUGGGGGUUGGAUGUGGGCGGUGGUCUGCCUGUAAGCGUCUUGUAUAAGUGUGUAAGCCAGACCUUGGGGACCGAGGUGACAACAACAGGGAUGGGGGAUGGUUUAUUUGGGUGAUGAUGGAUUUCCAACCACUCAGUCUUGACCUCCUGUGACGACAGACAACAGAAAUAACGCAGACACUUGACCGAGUUUUUAACACUUAUGUUGAACUUAACGUAAGUCUUGCACCGUUUUCGCAAUCAAAAUGAUCAAACCGGUUUCUGAAGCUGAGAGGCCCGACGCAUUUGUACAUGAGGCUGUGGCACAAAGCAGAGUGGGGGUUUGUUUACAAACGAGCGUGAGCUGGUAUGAUGAAAAGGGGGCAGAGAAGCAAGCUUUGUUUGAUAAAGUUUUACUAUUUUGGGUGUUGCCUGUCAGUUUUUGCAUUUAUGCCGUGUUUCUGUUUGAUGGGUGUCGAAGAGUCGAUUACACGGCUGAUUCAAGGAGGGAGGAAGCCAUUUAAACCCCUGUUAGUCACAAAGACUGGCUCGAUCGAGAUGCUUUUGGGGUGGCCUAAGGCACCCCCAUGCGAUUGGCUGGCAACCAGUCCCAAGUGUACCCCGCCUCUCGCCCGAAGUCCGCUGGGAUAGGCUCCAGCAUACCCCCGCGACCCUAAUAAGGAUAAGCGGCAUAGAAAAUAGAUGGAUGGAUGGAGUUGAAAGAUGCAAGCAAAAACAGAAGUGUUGCUUUUAUUAUUUUCGGUGGCUAUAAUAAGAUACAUACCGAUUUCUGUGGCUGGAUGUUGGGCAUAAUGUGUUGUGAUGGAUGAUCAAUACAUGAGGAAACACUGUAAAAUACGCUGCCAUCUGACAGACAAAGCCUUAAAAAUGAGCCCCUCAUUACUGAGCAUUAGCGCUGUCAUUAGCUUGCAUUAGGCCUGCAGGAAGGGAUUGAGGAUUAGGCCGUUCUGCUACCAGCAGGAGAUAUGCUUGAACCUGUCUUCAAUGUGAUGGACUAUCUCAUACGUUUAAAAGCUCGGCUCCCAUGAAGAACAAUAUGCAAAGAAUAAGAAAAGACAAAAAAAUGCUGUGUGAAUAAAGUCAAACAGGAAUAGACUUGCAAAUAACAAAGUAAAAUUGGAAAAAAUGCGAAAAAGUUGCGAUGUACUGACAAAAAACUUGACCAGAAUAAAGUAAAGUUGCAAUAAUGAAGUCAUAAUGUUGCAAGCAUAAUUGUAGCAAGGAUGGGCACAGCUGAGGAUCCUGUUUUUACUCGGUAUUGGAUCGAUACCAAAAUGUGCAGUAAGUUAAACUGCCAGUAAGGUAUCAUUUAUUAAAAGGCAUGCAAACUCUCUUUGCACAACAGAAGUCUUGCAUAAUUGGUUACCGCCUCCUGGCAUUUUGGCAGAAAUCAUUUAAUGGGUGUCUCCUCGGUCGAGGUGGGCGAUACUGCAAUUUUUGCUAUCGAUUCGAUACAUAGUACCCACUGGGCCAAUAUUGCUGAUACUGAUACCGAUAUUUUUGCUUGAAAUUUGUCA